AAGGCGCGGUGUGCAUCGUUGCUAUGGCUGAGCUGGUGCAGGCCUCACAGUCCCGGAGCAGCCUGCAGUCUCCAGCCGGCGGACAGAGCGCUACUUCCACGGCGGCAGGGAGCAGUUCGGGCAGCAGCGACCCGGCUAGGCCCGGGCUGAGCCAGCAGCAGAGAGCCAGCCAGAGGAAAGCUCAGGUGCGGGCCCUUCCCCGGGCCAAGAAGCUGGAGAAGCUCGGCGUGUUCUCGGCAUGUAAGGCAAAUGACGUGUGUAAGUGCAAUGGAUGGAAAAACCCAAACCCACAGACAGCACCAAGAAUGGACCUCCAGCAGCCUGCAGCCAGCCUGAGUGAGCCAUGCCGA